AUGUUAUCUUCUGUGCUACGAAAGGGCGUUGCUGCCUCAGGGCGUCGUGUGGCCAGCAUUGGUGGUGGCGGUGUGCGCAGUAUGGCCACUAUUGAUAUGGCAGUCCGCGAGGCCAUCUGCCAAGGUUUGGAUGAGGAGAUGGAGCGCGAUGAGAAUGUGUUCAUCAUGGGAGAAGAGGUGGCUCAGUACCAAGGUGCCUACAAAGUGACCAAAGGUCUCUUCCAGAAGUACGGGGACAAGCGUGUCAUUGACACUCCCAUUACCGAAAUGGGCUUUACAGGUCUUGGUGUGGGCGCUUCCUUUCAUGAUCUAAAACCCGUCAUUGAAUUUAUGACUAUUAACUUCUCCAUGCAAGCCAUUGACCAAGUUGUGAAUGGAGCCGCCAAGCAGUUCUACAUGUCAGGAGGAGACCUGGCCUGUCCUAUUGUCUUUCGAGGACCCAAUGGUUUCUCGGCUGGAACUGCUGCUCAGCAUUCUCAGUGCUUUGGUGCCUGGUACUCCAGUUGCCCUGGUCUCAAAGUUGUCUCUCCCUACAGUUCGGAGGAUGCCAAGGGUUUGAUCAAAGCUGCUAUUCGAGAUCCCAACCCAGUCAUGGUCUUGGAACAUGAGCUCAUGUAUGGUAUCAGUUUCCCCAUGUCCGAUGAAGCACAAUCCAAAGAUUGGGUUGUCCCGAUUGGACAAGCCAAAAUCGAGAGAGAGGGAACCGAUGUGACAAUCAUCUCCUUUUCCAAGCCAGUGGGACUUGCAUUGGAAGCUGCGGAAGUCAUGGCGACCAAGGGAGUAUCAUGCGAGGUCAUUAAUCUUUUGUCCCUGCGUCCUCUGGACCGUAAAACCAUUAUUGCAUCUGCCAAGAAGACGGGUCGUGUUGUUUCGUUGGAACAGGGAUGGCCCCAGUGUGGUAUUUCUUCCGAGAUUGCUGCCAUUUUGAUGGAAACGGAUGCUUUUAAUUACUUGGAUGCGCCCAUGGAGCGAGUCACUGGUGCAGAUGUGCCAAUGCCCUAUGCUGCGGAUUUGGAAAAGGCAGCCUUGCCACAGCUGGAAGAUGUUGUGGCGGCAAUCGAACGAACAACGUAUCGUUCCAUGGCUGCCUGA